AUGUCGAAAGAAGAUAAACAUUGUACGGCAAUCGACUUCGCGAGCUACAAAGAACUAAUUGCGAACCGACCACGACAGACCCCUUUAAGCGGGCAACCAGAGCGGCUUGAUAAACCCGUUCAACCGGGUGCAAAUUCGAGCCCCCAAGUAAGCAAACCGCUGCCGUCCCGGGGCGAGCAUUCACGAAAAGUUGUGAGCGGGGGCCCGAAGGACUUCGGCCUACCUCAACUAUGUGAGGAAAGUGAAUAUCGUCGGUUGAUCGUGAGAAAGGAAUCGCCUUGGGACACAUUCCGUCGCACCCUUCGUUGUAACCUGGCAGGUGAUGUAUUCAUUGUCGCUCGCCGUUCCCGCCCGUCCCAAGUGGUUGCCAUUCGGGAGUACACCCAAGGGGAUGUAAAUAAAAUGCUCCGGUGGUAUGAAAUCCUUGAUCAUGAUAAUUUGUUAUCUGCCAGGGAAUGCUUCGUGGAUGGAGGGUCUAUGUUUGCUCUUGUUGAUGAUCUCCCGCUCACUUUGGAGCAACUCGUGGGAUGUCGCACUAUGUUUCCCACCGAGGCGGAAUUGGCGUCCAUGGUUUGGCAGAUUCUGAAUGGGCUUUGUUACCUCAGUAGUAAAUCACUAGAGCAUCAAUCUCUGACAUGUCGAAAUAUACUUCUUGGCCUUGAUGGUGUCGUCAAAAUCGCUAGCUUGGAAAUGUGCAUGGAAAGUCAGCCAGGUGAGAUACAAAGAGUGUACAUCAAAGCCCUUUCCUCAAUUACUAUGGAAACCAUGCAAAAAUAUGUAAAAGAUGAUGGGGUAGUGGGGGUAGAUGAUGUGGAUCGUUGGCCUGUUGACUCCGAUGCCUUUGAAUUUCUCUCCGCACUCUCGACAGCAAAGUCCAUUGAGUCCUUGAAAGAGCAACCGCUUGUUCGUAAGAAAGAUCGAUUGCUCGGGGAGUUGGCUCUUCUUGCUCGGUCGGUUUUACUCUCUGCAAGGAUGUUCUAUUCCUAUGAGAAAUAG